UCGAACCACACUGGAAAUCGAAAUCCACAUAUUAAAUCAAAUUUUUACAACACAGAUUGGAGCGCGCAACAGAUCUGCACGAGGAUGAGUUGGUCGAGCAUGCAUUUCAGAGUGAGGAGGACGAAAUAUUGGACGAUGGCCACCAGUGCCGAAGGAUCUGAUCUGCCCAGCCCUGUCUUGUUUCUUCGUUCGCUCAAUUCCGCGAUGUUUUCUCCUACAUGUCGUGAUCUUCGACACAAGUAAGUUGACUCAGACUCUUCAGGCUGCGGCAGCAGAAUUUCUCACGAGGUAGAUCGAUAUCGAUUGUGAAGUUCUUGUGAUUUCUAUAAGACAAUAUGAAAACUUCUAAGUUGUAGCUAUUUCGAUUGUGCAACAAGAAGCGAAAAUGAAAACCAGCGCCGUGACAAUCCGGAGCCAAGAAGCGGAUCCGGAGAGCAAACCCACCUCCUCCACCUACAGCGGCAUCGGUGUGGAGUACUUGCAGUUUGACCUGGCCCGGCAUCCUUUUGUAGACCUGUUCGCGAAGUUGUUACCGAAGAGGACGAACGACAGGCGACGAAGUGGUGAUGCAGAGAACUACAAGCUGGAUAACGAAUCAUCAACGUCGGUUAACAAUUCUCUCGAAUACCUCCAUCUCCGCGUCGAUGAUUUCCGGCCCGAGAACCGCGACGAGAAUGCAAGACAAACAGUGCCUCCUUUUCUGGAACGAGCAUUGCAAAUCCUACCCCAGAAGGUCGUGGAUCAUGAACAAGCGACUCAGAGGACUCGCUCAGUAGACCUGCAGCAGCCCUUGCAGCCGCAUGCGAAGGAGGUCUUCGACGUUGACGAGCCAGCAACCCCCUCCCCCACAAAUUCAUCCACGACGACCCCGAGUUCUACUACUACUUCUACCCCUGCAGCUUCAACGACAGCAACAAAUUCAAAUCUCCCUACUUCCACGACCAAAAAACGACAAAAACAAGCCAACAAGAAGGCGAAGAACACGCUUCUGAAGCAGUGGAACCGCGACGAGAACUGGAUAAACUUUCUCGCUGCGUACGAUCAUUUUGUGAAGGAGUUUGUCAUUCCGGACCUGCAAGACAAAUUUGGGCGUCAACAUCGUGCGGAUCUUUACGCAUCUUCAGAAAAGACUACAAGACAAAUCCUCGGCGUGUUCUACCAGGAGCAACCCGUGCUCCGCAUCGUUUUUCCAAACAGCCAGGUCCCGCCCUCAAGACCACAUAAAGAUUUGGAGUACGGGCAUUUUGAACAGGAGAUCAACUACUGGCUCCCGAUUUGUCAAAACGAAUUGAACGGGAGAAACACGCUGUGGGUGGAGAGUGAGCCGGGUCUCGGGGAUUACAAACCUUUUGUCACGGACAAAUCUUCACGACAGCGGCGGAAAAACAAAAACUGUGAUGCGGUUUCUAAUGCUUCACAAGGAACCGUGAUUCGCUUCGACGGCAUGCACUUGCACCACUACGCGCAUUUGGACAUGAAGAACGACGAGGAGCGAGAAGAAGUGCCAGACCACCGUGUUUGUGACCCAGACCGUGUUGAAGAAUCAGAACUAGAACCACUUCCAGCGAUAUCCAGAACCACUACGGCGUCGACAAUAGCAACUGUGAAAGACGAGAUUUCUGAUUCCAAUGUCGUGGGUAGAGACAUUUCCUCUUCUCCUCUAGAACUACCAGCCACGUCGGUUCUUACAACCAAAACCGGGCCUGCAAGCAUCAGAGAAGAGAAGCUUACGCGCAUCAGCUUCGAUUUUCGUGUGUUGCCAGUUUUCAAGACGUCCAUAACAACACCAAAAACUUCCGCUCCUGAAGAUGAAGAAAUAGAAAUGCACAGGACCAGCAGCCCACUAAGUAGACUAAAUGAAAGCGAGAAGCUUUACAUACAGAAACAAGCGACAGACUUCAAACAUUUGGUGGAUUUGAACACGGAUAUUUUUCACAAUUUUUCAACGAGUAGUAUGGAGUUCUCAAACGUUACAUUCUCAACUGUUAGAUGAAUUUGUCAUGCAAGACAACCUUAAGCCGCCAGAUGAUGAAGCUGCUUCGCAUGACAAAUCCCCGAGAGGCUAGACGGCAUCUAAAUCUGUGCCAAAUCUGUAAUGCAGGAGCAGCAAGCUUGGCCGUUUGACUCUUGCCAUUCUUGCAUCACAAAUAAUGCAUGUAACAGUUGAGAAUGUAACAGUUGAGAACGCCAUAAGUAGCUCUGAGAAGUUCAACACAGCAUUGGAAAUGUUACUCUCUUAUCCUGUGCAAAAGUAUCGUACUCGUAGUAAGUGCAUUUAUGCAUCACAAAUCUCUUUCUCAAGGCAAAUCAGCAUUACAAAUUCCAUUUGUAAUGCUGAGGAAAGUUGUAAUGCGAUUUCUACUAGUACGAUGCUUUUGCAUUUCAUAUACUCUCUGCAACCGCAAAUCCGAUGAGAAAACGUUUCCGGUUGGCAGAAAACCAACAUGGACUUUUCAAAUUCGUGUACGCAUAAAACGACAUCACAUAGCUUGUUUUCAACACCAUAUGCUCCUCGCAGAACAAUAAAUGCACAGACACGUGACAGCACCAACUUACAGCAGCGCAAUUACAGUCUGGCGCACUUAGUACUCUCGCGACCGCAGUAGCACUGGACGCGCGAUCGCUUCUGAUGCGGC